UGAUUCUGUAAAAUCAUAAUAAUUCAGCACUAUAAGUAGUUUAUGAAGCUUCUGUAUGCAUUGAGUCCUCUUUCCUGUGGUGCAUUUAAGGCCCCUGCAUUUGCCCUUGUACUAUAUUGGUCACCUUGUUCUUCUUGGUGUCACAGCAGCACAAUGAUGCCAGAAGAGGUUCCACGCAUGUGCUUUUUGCAAGAAAAAUGCAAGAAACAUUUUGAACGUUACUAGUCCAAAAGUAUUCUGUUAAAUCAUGAUAAUUCAGCACUAUAAGUAGUUUAUGAAGCUUUUGUAUAUGCGGGUGUGCAUUGUAUCCUGUGGUGCAUUUAAGGCCCUGUAUUUGCCCUUGUACUAUAUUGGUCACCUUGUUCUUCUUCGUGUCACAGCAGCACAAUGAUGCCAAAAGAGCUUCCACGCAUGUGCUUUUGAAAUAAGAGCCCCUGACACAGAAAUUGACAUGAGCCAAACAUUCUUCUGAUAUUCACACUAAACAGAUGGUUGGAAUUGAACUUCAUCCGUCACCCCCCUCCACAUCCACCCACUCAAUACCAAAAUAUUUCCUCAUGGAGUAUUUUUGCUUUGCCGUUCUGGGAGCAAAAGGGUGGGGCUGGACAACAUAUUUUGCAUAUCACGUGACCUCGUAUUAACAAAUCAACAAUUACCUACCCUUUAUUUCUCCAGGAGUUUGCUAAAAGGGCUUUUGCAAGAAGAAGCGUUUGCGGGAAAAAAAAAAGCUCCAUGGAAAUGUGUGAGCGGAAUCCUUUAAAUCCCGGCUAUGUUGGUGUUGGUUCUCUGUUGAAUUUCACCACUCCUGAGUCGCUGUAUUUCUCCAACUUGCGGAGUAAUGGAGCCCACAUCCCCGGGCUGCACCACCAGAUCCCUUACAACCGGAGAGAGGUGUGCACGCUGCCACCGUGGACUUCAUCUAGUGUAUCGUGCACCACGCCUGGACCUGCAGCACCGCCACCACAGAGCCGCGCCUUCGGAGGCUACUGUCCGACGUUUCUGUCUAUAAAUACUCCUAAUAACUCCUCCAGCGGUGGCCACGUCAAGGCACAUCUGGAGGAGUCCGCGCGCUGCUUCCAGGUCACCAACCACAAGACAGAGGAGGCUGGCAGCAGGCGAGAUGAGGAGGGUUAUGCGGCCGCCAGUGACCGAGGAUACUCAGACCUAGAGAGCCGGUCUCAGCUCGAUCCGGAUCCACUAAAUGGGACUGACAGCAAACAGGAGCAGAAUCCCAUUCACCCAUCAUCCAGUCACACAUGCUCCAGGACGACUUUUGCAGAAGGUGCCCCGUGGUGCUCGUCACAAGUGAAAACCAGAAAGAAGAGGAAGCCUUACACGAAGCUGCAGCUGGCUGAACUUGAGAAUGAAUUCAUGAUGAAUGAAUUCAUCAACAGACAGAAACGGAAGGAGUUGUCAGAGAGACUGGACCUGAGCGACCAACAGGUGAAGAUCUGGUUUCAGAACCGGAGGAUGAAGAAGAAACGUCUGAUGAUGAGGGAGCAUGCUUUCUCUGCUUACUGAUGAUGACCUUUUGGACUUGAUCGUGACCAGCAAAGCGCACAAGAAUCCGUGUUGUACUAUGAAUGUUGCAGCACAUCACACAUGUGUGUGUGUGUGCGCACACCUCUCGGUUUGUGGCAUGGACUUGUAUUUAUAGAUGUGUAUAAAAUGUUUUUAUUCCUGCCACAUAAUAUAGGCUAUCCACUCUCAAGUUCAAUGAUAUUAAUAGUGAUGAAAAUGCAUUGCAGAUUAAGCUAUAAUGGAUUAAUUGGUCAUUUUUUGAUAUUGAGAUUCUCCAAAUGCGCAGUAGGCCCUGCUGUCCUCCUGGUUAUGGCCUGCAUGUGCGGAUAAUAAUAAACAUUUUAAACCUAAUUACUUCCCAUCCAGCUCAAAAAAAGUCUAUCAAAACUACGCCUAUUAUAUAGUUUAAACAGGAAUAUGGUUCUUUGUGUGUUUUUGUAUGGUGUUCCUGCGCAUGUGGUGCAGUAGUGGGCCUUUAUGUGGAAGCAAACAGUCAAGUUCAUGUUUACGGACGGAUAAAACAUUAACGAGUCAGUAUUGCGAAAUGUAUUAUGAUUGCAUGUCUAUUUCCUAAUUGCUGUUAUUCAAUUAAAUGCCUGUUUUCCCCUCCAAUGUAUUUGAAAUCUGAUUAAAUGAGCAAAAGUAACGUUGUUUUUGUUCUAUAUGGCCGCAUUAACACAUUCAAAGUCCGUCUGCGGACGAAAAUAAUUAAGCCAGAAGGUGUUUUUACUUCAAAUGCCUGAAAAAAAAACCUGUUUGUAGAUCCGAAACAUUCUGAUGGUGUUGGUUUGAACUAUAUUUUAACUGUAUUUAAAUAAGAGUGUGAUUUUUGUGGUUUGUGUUGCUAUCCAAACGUAAGUGCGCAAUUACAGAUCAGAUGCAUCUCUUUUAAAUACAGAUCUUUAUUAAAUACAUAAUGAAUGAAAUAUAGUUUCAAAUGGACCUAAUUUAUGAAUCAUGUUUAUGCAUUUAAGCAUGUUAUUUGUAAGAAAUACGCAUUAUAGGCUGCAGACCAGCCAUCUUUUUACGCACGGACACAGGUUUUUGUAAAAUGAACGCUACCUGCAGAUGAAUACAUUUGUAAAUAAAGAUCCUUUUUUUAAAUUA